AUGCAUGCUCUAUGUACUCUGCUUAGUCUGGCGCUCGUUGGGCUCGGUAUUGCUCGCGCAUGUGAUACCGAUGACGACUGCAGUCUGAAUGGCGUCUGUGUUCGCGUUACGGAAACCUAUCGCGCUCAGGAUCGCCAGAGCACAGUGAACCAAACAUGUAAAUGUGACCCCGGCUGGUUUGGUGAAGACUGUGGCAGACUGGAUCUCAGCCCGGCUACCAGAGACACAGGGUAUAAUCACACCAAUGUUGUGGAUCCGAAUUACUUCGGCAAGUAUGGCAACUCUUCAUGGGGUGGGCAAAUCUUGCAGGACCCAACAGACCCUAAGAUUUUCCACCUAUUUGCUCCUCAGUUUGGUGAUGGCUGUGGGCUCGGUGGCUGGAGGCCUCAUUCUUUCAUAAUGAGGGCAGAGUCUCAAAGUGGGCCACAGGGGCCAUAUUAUUUCGCUGACACGGUGGCUCCUGCGUUUCGUCAUAACCCUUAUGUUUUUUUCAGCCCAGCAAAUAACAAAUAUCUUUUGUACGCCAUCGGCGUCGAUGCCCCGAAGCCAGAGAAGUGUCAGAGUAUCUCUUACAACCAGUGGCCGAAUAACAUCUCCGUCUCCAGUUCCGACAGCAUUCGAGGCCCAUGGGCACCAUUUCAAUUGAUCCUAAGCUCAGAAGACCCACAGUCUACCAACCCUGCUCCCUGGCCACUCUGGUCACCAAGGGACCCAACCAGUCAGAUUUUGCUCGGCGUCGAAGGAAAUGCAAUUUUCGUCGCAGACGAAUGGGACGGCCAAUACAAGCUCUUCUACACUCAAAAGUGGAACACAUCCAACGAUAGUCCAACAUGGACUGAAGAUCCGUUUUUCUGGCGAGACAAGCGAGGGAACUGGCAUACUUUGACGCACUGGAUGAUCGAUAUAGUCGAACACGAGGGGCAAAAAUGGCCACGCGUCGGGGCGCAUAUGUACGCUCGGAACCUAGCCGGGCCAUGGCAUUUUAAGUUGCAGGAGGCUUUUAAUUCCACCGUUACAUUCACUGAUGGAUCGGUUGAAAAUUUGAAACGCCGCGAGAGGCCGAAGAUAUUCUUUAGUGAUGACGGCGAGAUGACUCCGCUUUACUUGGUCAAUGGUGUACAAGCUAUGGACCAGAAUUCGCGAAGUUAUACCCUUGUCCAACCGAUUGGGACAAUGUGGAAGCAAUACGAGAACGAUUUGGGAUUUUGA